CUUGCUCACGUAUACACAUAUUAAACUAUAAAUAUACAGCCAUUUACCUGUUCUUACAUAACCAAACGUCAGCUAAUAUAGGGCAAUGUCUGAAACUAAAGUGAUCUACUCUGGUUCUACGGAUGAAGCGUGUCCAGAAUUGUUUAAUAUCCAGGCAAAGCCGCCAACGCCAAAGGAAAGUAAGAAAGGACAGCUACCAGAUGAACUCAUUCGGCAGUUUUUUGAGGAAGGAUAUUUGGUUGUUGAUGACUUCUUCACGAGAGAAGAAUUAGAUGCAUGCAGAGAAGAUUUGAAACUUAUGGUAGAAGAACUUGCACAAAAACUACACAACGCUGGAAAGAUAAAAAAGUUAUACAGAGACUAUGGUUUAUUUGAGAGACUAACGAUGAUAGAAAAAGAGUUUCCUGGCUCAAAUAUUCUUUUACACAAAAUGAAGAAAAUGCCAAAGUCUUUCUGUGAUUUGUGGUCGAACGAGAGGAUUUUGAAUGUAAUGGAACAGAUACUCGGUCCAGAUAUCAAGGGACAUCCGGUUUGGAACAUUCGAACCAAAACUCCUCAAAACGAGGCUACAACUGUGCCUUGGCACCAAGAUGUUGGUUAUUUGAAUAAUGAAUCUUACAAAGUCCUUCAGCCGACCGCAUGGAUACCGCUACUUGAUACAAACGAAGACAACGGGUGUUUACAGGUGGCCAAACGUGGUCAUAAGACAGGAAAAGUAGCAGAUCACCAGUGUUGCCAUGGAGGUACAUGGUAUGUUAUGUUGGAAGAAGAAGAAAUGAAAAGAAAGUUAGAUAUAGAUUUAGAAAAUGACUUGAAGAUAUGCCCUAUUCCUUAUGGAGGCAUGCUGUUGUUUAACAAUCUUGUUCCACAUAGAAGCCUACCAAAUAUGUCAAAUAAAAUCAGAUGGAGUCUUGACCUUCGAUGGCAACGACAUUCGGAGCCGGUCGGAUUUUAUGGUCUGAAAGAUGGUAUUCUGAUGAGAACAUCGAAAGAUCCCAAUUAUAAAAUUGAUUGGGAAUCAUUCAACAAAAUCGAUAGACAUCAAGUACAGAAGGAAUCAAUCGAAGAAAAUGAAAGUGCUAUUGAGGAUGAAUUUGACACAACCAUACAAGGUCCAUGGAUGAAGAAAUGGGAAAUAGUUCAUGUCAACAGGCAUAUAUUAGAGCAUAGAAAGAAAGAAGGAAACCCAGAAACGUGGACAAAAGCAUAAAAUAUAGAUAUGCUACUGUGGACUGUAUUUACUAUUUACUUUUCUCAAACUCCGAAACAAUGGUUAUGUCGUCUCUGCUAUGUCAGUUUCGCAAAGUGGCAUCGCCAUUAUUUUACUGUGUAUUGCUUACUAUGAAUUCAAAUAUAUUGAAGAUUAUUUUUUUUGUAUGUUUCAUUGCAAUAAAUCAUGUCAUUUAAUCAUUAAAAAUCAAGAAAAUAAUGCAUACUAAAACUCUUG